GCAUGGAGAAGGAGAAUGGCGGAGCGAGAGAAAGGAGCCACGUCCCCGACCGGAUCCUCCCCAUUCCUGGGCUUGCACCUCGCCUCGCCCCCCAAUUUCAGGCUCACCCAUGACAUCAGUCUGGAAGAGUUUGAGGAUGAAGAUCUAUCUGAAAUCACUGAUGAAUGUGGAAUUAGCCUGCACUGUAAGGACAGUUUGGCUUCACGGAGCCAUGUCAGUCUGCAGGCCAGUAGCGUCCUAGGAGUGGCUGGAGGGGAGGCAAGCCGUCUCCAGGCGGAGAUGCUCCAGCUAGACCUGAUUGAUGCUGCUGGGGAGACCCCUGUCGAAGAAGGGACAGCACCUGAGCUAAUCAAGAAGGAGCCCCCACCAGUAACCAUGGAUACCUACAGACCCAAGCGACCCACCACACUCAAUCUCUUUCCACAGGUGCCUCGGACACAGGACACUCUGAAUAACAACUCUCUGGGGAAAAAGCACAGUUGGCAGGAGCGAGUGUCCCGGUCAUCAUCCCCUCUGAAAACUGGUGAGCAGACCCCUCCCCAUGACCACGUUUGCCUGAGUGAUGAAGUCACUCAUCAAAACAGCACAACCUCCACCAAAGAUCGAGGCACUUCUACGGAGAGCCCGUGCCGGCGUACAGCUGCCACACAGAUUGCACCAGCCUGUGUUGUCUCCUCCCGGGUACCUGAGAAGCAACAAUCUACCAACCGUCCCCCGCCACAGAACCCUACAGUUGUGGUAGUGACAAGGGGGCCAGAAGCUUACCGGGACCGCAUUCGCUACCAGACUGAUGUGAGACUGGAGGCUACUGAGGAGAUUUACCUAACACCUGUGCAAAAGAAUUCUGACCCUCUUGAGUCCGAUAAGCCAUUCAUGUCACAGUCCAGUGACAACCGGAUGUCUAUCAGCUCUGACAUAGACACUUCCAGCUACCCACAACUGACAGGAAAACCCAACACUUCAAUCAGUGAAGAGGAUGAGGUGCUGGACUAUUUGUCCUCACCGGAAAAAAUGAAUGGAUCAAGGACUGUAUAUGGCAGCAGCAAUGGCAGCUACCGGCCUUGCCAUAGCCUUCAGAGGGCAUCAGUGAGUUCUGACACCAGUGCUCUCUCCUACGAUUCAGUCAAAUACACUCUGGUAGUGGAUGAGGAUGUGCAGCUGGAACUGGUCAGCCUGAAGCAGUGUUACUCAGGCUACAGUGAUGAGAGUGACUCAGCCACUGUCUAUGACAACUGUGUCUCUUCACCCUAUGAAUCAGCCAUUGGGGAGGAGUAUGAGGAGGAUGCCCUGAAACGUGACUCGGUUUGUCUUUCUGAGGACUCCACCCCUGAGGCAGACAUCCAUUUCUCCAAGAAGUUCCUCAAUGUCUUCAUGAGUGGUCGGUCGCGCUCCUCUAGUGCUGAAUCGUUUGGACUGUUCUCUUGCAUUAUCAAUGGGGAGGAGCAGGAGCAGACUCACCGAGCUGUCUUCAGAUUUGUGCCUCGUCAUGAAGAUGAACUGGAACUGGAGGUGGAUGACCCAUUGUUGGUGGAGGUUCAGGCAGAGGAUUAUUGGUAUGAGGCUUAUAAUAUGAGGACAGGUGAUCGGGGUAUCUUCCCUGCUUACUAUGCUAUUGAGGUCACCAAGGAUCCAGAUCAUAUGACAGAUUCAAGCAAGACCAAUGACUGGGUAGAUCAAUUCCGAGUGAAGUUUCUUGGCUCGGUUCAGGUUCCGUAUCACAAAGGCAAUGAUGUGCUCUGUGCAGCUAUGCAGAAGAUAGUCUGUGAGACAGUUGGCAUACUUUCUUUUUCUGCACAGAUUGCCACUACUCGCCGCCUCACCGUGCACUUUAAUCCACCCUCCAGCUGUGUCCUAGAGAUCAGCAUGAGGGGAGUCAAGAUUGCUGUGAAAGGUGAUGACUCCAAGGAUCCGAGCAAAGUGAAUAAAUGUAGCCACUUUUUCCAGCUGAAGAACAUUUCAUUCUGUGGAUACCAUCCAAAGAACAACAAGUAUUUUGGGUUCAUCACUAAACACCCAGCUGACCACAGAUUUGCGUGCCAUGUCUUUGUUUCGGAGGAAUCUACCAAACCACUUGCAGAAUCUGUAGGGAGGGCCUUCCAUCAGUUCUACAAGGAAUGUGUGGAAUACACAUGCCCCACAGAGGACAUCUACCUAGAGUAGGGGGCAGGCCCAGCCCCUCCUUCAUGUACAGACAAGGGCCAUUCCCCCAUUGUGCAUGGACAAGCCGCUUCAGGACUGGAGGAGGAGGAGGCAUGGGUGCCAUUUCCCUCAGUGUGCAGAGCCUUGCCUCUUUUAGUGCACCUCCUUUCCAUGGGGCUGGGGGCUCGAGGGAGUUGGGGAUGGGUGGGAUGGGUGGACAAAAAGGGGGUUUAUUAUUUUUAAAAUAUAUAUAUCUCCUCUUUUGGUUUAUUCAGAGAAAAGCAUCCCUGGUGGAAAUAGGGGCUGCUAUUGUUGCCACCACAGGACUAGGAGGAGAAGUGGCAUAGGCACUUGAUCCAGGAAGAGGCUGGACUGGGCCUUUCACUUACUAUGCACGUGACCGGGGUGUUUGGUCACUAUGAGAGAGAGAAAAAGACAGAGAUAGUUUCACAAAUUCUUGGGCUUCUGUUCUAUGCCAAGAACUGCUUUAGUCCCAGCUGCUCUGGUUGGACCAUGUUAUGGUGGGUUAAUUGGAUUGGAGUGUGGAAAACAUCUGUCAUGGAAGAUUCAAUAGAUAGUAAGGUUAGGAAGUUAAUGCAAAUAGGGAAGUGAAUAUUCUCCACUUCGGAAGCAAUGGGUUUAGGAGUGGAAAAGAGGAGGAGAGGGAAUAAAGAGUUAAGUAGUGGUGAAACCUGUGCCCACAAGUCUCAAGUGAUUGGUAUCCACAAAUGUUAUCCUGUGCCUGCAAAAGAUCCAUGAGCCACUAGAGAAAUUCUGGUGCCUGUCUCUCCCUUUCUUUCCUUUGAAAGAGAGGUGGUUUCAAGCAUGCAGAUCGCCAGGGAGGGUCCAUGCCCCAUUGUCACCUACUGAUGGAAAGAGCUCCUCUGUUCCAACCUCUUACUCUCUCAUCCCCCUUUCCCCACCACUCUCUCCAGUUGCAGGAUCUGAGCUAAUGGAGGGAAAUCUGGAUCCUGCAAGAAAAGACUUGAGAUCCAGUGUGUGUGUGUCUUAUUCAUCUGCAUUAGGGGGCCUGUAAGGAGCUCUAGUCAUAAGCACAAAACUGAAUCAAGAAGGGCUGGGUCCCACAGAGAAGCAAAGUGUAAGUGACAAGAGGGCUGAUAACAAGAGCUGCAGAAAGGUGUGCCUUUGCCCUUCUCCCUGUCCCACCCACUCCCUGCACAUGGGAGUUAUGUGCUUCUGCUGGAUCUGCUCUGAUGAAAACAAUGAUUAAAUGUUGAUGUUUCAAAGA